CGCCCUCUGGUGACGUAUGAUGAGUAUGUAUAUUGUUUUUCUUCUCUUGACCCGGAAGUGAAUUCAUUCCUCUUGGCCACACGUGUCAAAGGAUCCAACAUGGGGAAGUCCACACAAACAGGAAACCACAAGAGUGACAAGAAGAAGCACAUUGCGAGGACAUGGAAGACAAAGCACAGGACUAAAGACCUGGACGAGAUCCACUCCGACAUGAAGCCAGAGACAGCAGCCAAGCUGCUCAAUCAGGAGAAGGACUUCGAUGUGACAGGAUGUGCACAACACUACUGCUUACACUGCGCGAGAUAUUUCGUGGAUAUGAGAUCCAUGAAAGAGCACUUCAAAACUAAAGUGCACAAAAGACGGUUGAAGCAGCUCAGAGAGGAGCCGUACACACAGGCAGAGGCAGAGAGAGCUGCAGGAAUGGGCUCCUACAUCCCUGCAAAAAAAGUCGAAGUGAAGACACAGAGUGUGGAAGAGGACAUGGCCUGAGAGCUGCCUACUUUAACCCACGGACUGAUCAACACAAUAAGAGAAGCAUUUACAAAACGGAUAAUGCUUAUAUUAUUCCUUGCUGUCACAAAUGCUGAGUGCAUUGUUAAAGUAAAUGGCUUUUUUUGUGACACACUUAAUCUCUCUGACUCUUUACAGCUGUUAGACGUCUGACUAUCACCACAAUCAGACCCUCAAACCUUACCUUAUAAUGGGUAAUGUUAUGCAACAUGUACCUAUGUGAAUAUUGAGUAUGUGUAGAACUGUGUGGAAUGCUAAUAAACUAUAUCACAGAUUGCA